GAGAAUGGUCUGGUAUGACUAACCAGAAAUUUGUCAAGUUAGCGUACCUGUGGACGAUCUCGAAUUUCAGUUUGUGCCAGCAGCGUACCGGUCAAGCUUUGCUCAGUUCAGCCUUUUCCGGCGGCAAUAACGAGCCUGUGACGUGGCGCGUCAAGCUGUUCCCGAGGGGGUCAGACGAAUAUUACGAGCAGUUCGUGUCCGUCUUUCUCGUCUCGUGCAACACGAGGUGCGUCUCCGCUAGGGUGCGGUUCUCAAUCAUCGACGCCCAAGAACAGGUGGCCAUCCGAAAGUGCACGGAGACGCGCACCUUUAUGAGCAAGGGCGAUGGCUGGGGAUUCGGCAUUUUGGUAGCCAGGCUGGCACUGAAGCAGAAUAGCAGCAACCUCUUGCCCAAUGACAUGCUGACCUUGAAGUGCGAAGUGGUAGCCUUGGAGAGUAGCACCACUAGUGCGCCCAGAAGGAGCAGCGAAAUGGCGCUUCCCGCGCUUCCCGAGUGCCGGCUCUCCGACGACCUGGCAUGGCUCCUGGAAAGCGGCAGCAGCGCCGACGUUACGCUGACGGUCGGAAGCGAGACGUUCCAUGCUCACAAGAACAUCCUGGCUGCCCGGUCACCGGUGUUUCGGGACAUGUUCAAGCACACGACGACGGAGGAUGACAACGUGGUCAUCGCGGACGUCGAGCCUGACGUGUUCGCCAAUAUCCUGCAGUUCGUCUACACGGGUAGCGUACCGGAACCUAUCGAAAAGCCGGACUCUCUUCUGAGGGCCGCCGACAGGUAUCACCUGGAUCGACUCAAGGCGAUGUGCGAGCUUACUCUAAUUUCUCGCUUGAGUGCCGAGACGGCCUCUGACACGCUCAUCCUGUCCCACCAGCACGACGCCGAUACCUUGCGCAGUCGUACCCUAAACUUCGUGUACUCGCACAUCGAUGACGUGGCCGAAACGUCGGGCUGGUCGACCAUCUGCAAGAGCCACGUCGAGCUGCUGGAACAGCUUUUGAUGACAUUCAUCAACAUGCGCGGUGAGCCGCCGUCGAAGAGGAGUAGGACCUUGUGAGCGGUCAGAAU